AUGCCCUUGGGAACGGCUCUAGUAUGUGAUGAGAGGGCCGACGAUAUUGUGGCCGCCGUGGGAGCGGCGUGCGAAGGAACAAUUUCGCUCAUCGAUGAUCUCCAUUGUCUCUGCUCACAGACUCACAGACUCCCGUUCUCGAUUCGAGCGGGUACGAGUGGAAGGGUGUGGAAGGGUGUGGGUGUGGGUGCCGAGUGGGUGGCCGUGGAUCACGACGAGUUGGCGACCGGUAUAUUGCGCAAUGCGCCACGACUGCGACUGGCAAGACGACGACGACGAAUGACCGGUGUGACUGGGACAGCAACGAGGCGGCGACGGUGGUGGGCGGUGACGGGCAGUGGUCACAGGACAGGGUGGAGGACGGUGAUUGGCACAAAAGUCAGAAAUGAUGGCGGGUGGGAUUGGCUGGGGGUGGACACAGGGUGGAAAAUUCUGGUAGACGUAGCGCCACGGCAGGAGCAGGAACGAACGGUUCGGUUAGUCAUUGGCACAGAGGGCAAUAUGGGCAGGCGGCCAAUGGCGACGAGUCACCGCGGGCAGGCGCUGGGCUGGAUCGGGCAGCGGCAAGCAGGGCCCCAGGGAAGGCGGCUGUUCACGUUGGUGGCCACGGAGCCAGAGGGCAGGAGCGAGCCAGGACACGGGCAGUGGGCGCGAGCAGCGAGCAGCGAGCAGCGAGCAGCGAGGGAAGGAGCAUGGCAGAUUGAGGGACAGACCCUGUUGCUGCUGGCGUGUGGAGGGAGGGCGCGAGGCAGGAAGCCAGCCACUCCACCCACUCGAAACCGAAACGCGAGGGCAGGAGCGAGAUUGAGAUUGGAGGCCGCAGUGGGCCUGGUUGCUUUCGAGGGCUUGUUGGUGUGGCAUGGCAUGGCAUGGCCGCAGUGCCGCAGCGUUGCGAGAUCGUCGUUUGGACGGGCGUGCAUUCGUCAUGGGAGGGGGGCCAGCGCAGACUAUCGAACGCCGGCCGUGCACUCGCACUCGCGGCUUUUGUCGACGUCGUCAGCCUGGCCGGGCUCUGGCACAUGGGCGCCGAGGGCCCAGACGGCGCUAGAACAGAAGCGGACUAGGGCCAAUCUCUCAGCCUUUGGGUGCUUUGGGCCUGGGGCGCGGCGCGGUCGUUUUCGGAGGGCGAGUGGGCCCGCGCGCGGCCAUGGAUGGGCGGAGGCGGCGAAUCAGUGGCAGGCAAGAGCAGGGCGACAGGUGUCCUCGCUGCGGGCUGACGAGCAGCGCAGCGCAAGUCGACGACGGCCACGGCAGAGUGCAGGCGGGCCCCUCGAGGCUGCUGCACUUGUCGCGUCGAGCCCCCGCUGGUGCCUCCACCGCGCCCGCCUGGACUGGCCACAGACGGCCCACGCCCUGCUGCUGCGCCCGCUUGGACCACCUCUGCCCCCAGCACGCCGGCCAGGGUGCGCUGCACUGCACCACUCGACAGGCGCCAGUGGAUCCAGACGUUAG